UCGCGCCCUCAUGAGAGCGGCUCUCGCAGCCCUGUCCACUAUCAGGACACUCACCGACCUCGAGGUGUUCCUCGACGAAAGAGGCGGUGUUUACAGUCCAGAGAUGGACUAUGGCCAGGCUACGCCACCCGUCGGUGCGUUCGCGCAGCUGAAGCGCCUACAGAUCGACGGGCGAACGACGUCGGUGGCCGCCGUCAUCAGUGUGAUUGUUGCGCCCAAACUGGAGGCUGUGGAGUUGGCCUGCGGGGACUGGCACUGGGACCCGGAAACGAGGGAUACCGUCCUGGUGGAGGACGCACUCACCGUGAUCUUCAAUCACCUGCGUCGCCGAACUGGAACGACUCUGCGAAAGUUUCACCUCAGCCUCCGUGAAUACAGCGGAGAGUUGUUUCCGAAAGGGACAGCACCCGGCACACGUUUCCCCAUAUCGGCGGGUCCCUUGCUCGGGCUUUGUCGCCUUGAGGAUGUCAUGAUACACCAGUACAGACUGAGCGGCGACAGGGAGUACCUAUGUAUCAAUGUCCCAGCCUUGGUGGCGGCUUGGCCGACGUUACGGUUCCUCACGUUACCAGGCCUCGCCGUCAACAUGGAGUCUCUCCAGGUCAUCUCGCGCACAUGCACUCGACUUGAACGUCUGACGGCCAAGUGCCUAUCAUGGUCCUGGUUCGACGUGCCCGGAGCGAUGGAAGGCCGCUCCUUCCGCCUGGAUACUGCAGCGUCCGACACGAUUGCGUCUGCACUUCGAGAGCUGCGCUUCGAGGAACCCCUGAAGGCGAUCUUGCCUGAUACCGCCAGCAACGUCGCGCGCCUCCUGGACUCGCUGUUUCCUCAGCUUAUACCUGAGCGAUGCUCGGUGGUGGCGAUAUGGACCUCACGGCGCCAACCGGAAGUCCGGGAAACUUACGACGUCAUGGAUAUAGUGGCUAGGCUGCAGCGGGCACGGCGGGACGCCAGCAUGACGGCUGACCGAAUGUUGGACGGUCCUUCGCGUCCGUAGAUGUUACGCCAGGACUACUACAAGUAGUUGGACCACGUGUCGUGUAAGCUACGACUUGUCCGUUCUGCCUUAUCCGCGUCUGCGUUCCGCUGAUGCAGCUGCCUUGCCCGGCCGCGUUGCACACACUCCGAGAUACUGC